AUGAAUGAUGAUGAAAAUAGUGUAAAAUUCGAGGAUGUCAUUCAACAUUUUCAUGAUCAUUCGAAUGUAAUUAUUGUUGAAAUAGAUACUCGUAUGAAAUCGGAUCAAUUGCAAAUAAUUCGAAUGAAAUUGAGAGGAAGAGCAAUAUUAUUGAAAGGAAAGAAUACAUUGAUCAAGAGUGCUAUUCGAAACUUGGCUCAGGACAUUCAAUUUAAUGUGAAACCCUCGGAGAGGAAACACAAUCCAGAGUCAUUACUCAAAAUUUGCGAAUAUUUGAAUGGAAAUGUUGGACUAAUCUUUACAAAUUCAUCAGAAAUUGAAGAAUUGAUUGAACAAAUUCAAUCUUUCAAAUUUGAAACAAGGGCAAAAAUUGGAGAAAGAUCUCCACGCAAUAUUUACAUCAGAAGUGGAUUCACCGCCACCAUUCCAGUUCCUAUACUUGCUCCAAUGUUUCAACAAUUGGGAGUUGUGUUUCGAACAAUAGUGGGACAGGUGGAAUCUUGUAGAGAUUGUUUAAUUUUGAGUGAGGGAGAGAAAAUUGGAAAAAUGCAAGCUGAUUUAUUGGAAAUGUUAGACAUGAUGCCAGUAAUUGAAUAUGGAUUGAAGGUGUUGAAUUACUAUGAGAAUUCACCUGUGGUUUGGAACCGUUCAUAUAUGAAAUUAAUGAAUUUAACGACCACACCCGAAUUGAAUAAGUUAGUUCAGGAAGCAAUGGAUAAUGUGGCAAGUAUUGGAUUAGAAUUGGAUAUUCCCAAUUCAGCAUCUAUUCCACACAGUAUUUUAAAUGGAUUAAUGAAUAUUUGUAGUAUUAAUGUGGAUUUGGGUACUGGAGAAUCUAUUUCACAAUUUACUAUCUAUGAAUUGCCAUCUGAGAUUCUAAUACUGAUUGGAAGUUUCUGA